GCGGUGCUGUGCUGGAAAAUGGCUGUGUAGGGAGCUGAGAGUCAUGUGCAGCAAAAGAAAGAAAGGGAGAAAGAAAGAAGCCGGACUAGAAGUAAUCAAAGGAGGUGGAAGACUUUAAAGUAUUGAGGGAAAGAACAGGUGAAAGAUAAGGAAACUCGCUGUCUGCAUUUCGACGUGUUAAAGUGCCGCCACAGCGAGAUAUUUGGAAGAAGUAUCUGCGUCUGCGGGUUGUCACCGUCCAGAUCGGGAGGAGCCUGAAAGAAUCAAGGACUAUUCUAGUGUCCUACUCUGCCCCCCAUCCACCCCCACAGACAACACAGGUAGACUGCCUCGGUUAGGUAGGUUUAGAGCCUGUCCAGCUAGUUUUUGUCACUUGAAGGAGCAUGUUGCCAACCCUGUCCCUCUGUUCCAUCAUUUGGUUAAACCGGGGUAUCAAGCUGAGGAAAGUGCUCCACAACGCCAACACCGGCCUGCUCUGAGGCAGCAGCACCCUACCUACCUUCCUCCAUAGACUCUGCCAUUUUAGCAAUGCUUCUUAGCUUCGGUUAAUAGUUCUUAACGGCCAAUACUCAUCACCCACUACUGCCUGUACAUUUCUGGGUUGCCGUAGCAUCGGGCCGACAUUCGCAUUCUCUCAGCGUCUUCGGCAGCUUUUCUCGGUUUCCCAAAAUGGCGGUCGAGGGUUUUCAGUACCGUGCCCUCUACGUGUACACCAAGGACUUGGAGGAAGAUGUUGAUCUGCAGCCCGGGGACAUUCUGACCGUCAGCAAGGCCUCCCUACUCUCCCUGAACUUCAAGGAGGGGGACGAGGAGCGUCCCGAGCUCCUAGGCUGGCUGCUGGGCUUCAACGAGCGGACCAAACAGAGGGGGGACUUCCCGGGGACAUACGUUCAGUUUGUGGGCUACGUGAGGAUGUCAUCACCAUCCAGUCAGCCUCGCUCCCAAAGAAUCCUCCCAGCAGCCCCAGGGCCUGAGUUGUCACAGCAAGCUGUUUCUCUUCUGGAUUUGACUGAGCAGUUCACACCGCCAGAAACUGCUCCCCCUACCCUGGUGAACCUAGUGGAGGCCAUUGAGAAGAAAGGUCUGGACUGCAAGACACUGUACAGGACACGUCUCGCAUCCGCCUCAGAUGGCCCAACACAGAGUCAGAGAGAGGUGGUGGAGUCGGGGCCUGGUAGUGACGUGGGCGCCGUGUCGGAGUGUUUACUCCGCUACCUGCGGGAGCUGCCGUCCCCCGUCAUCCCCCCUGGUGUUUACCCAGACCUGCAGGCUGUGCUGCAGCAGGGCGCCGCGGACUGGUCCAAGGCUGUGGCGGCGAGCAGCAGUGGAGGCAGGGAGCUGAGCCUGGUCCUGGAGAGGGCCACCAGCAUGUCCCUGCAUCACCACCUCACCCUGCACUACCUGCUCACACACCUGGGUAAGGUGAUCCAGACCUCCCAUCUUAAUGGCCUGGACCUUCACACCCUGGGUCUGGUCUUCGGGCCGCUGCUGAUCCGGCACAGCUCUGCCACUGGGUGGGAGGUGGGGGAGGAGUUCCCUGCACUGGCACUGGAGAGGCUUCUGAUGGAGGUGGCCAUAGGACAGGAAGUCCCGCACCCAGCUCUACCAGCCAUGCCAGUAAAGGUCAAAGAUACAACUCCAGCCAUGACUGAGAGCAGCAUACUGAGUGAUUCGGAGUGGUACUGGGGUGAAAUCUCCAGGGAGGAAGUGAAUGAGAAGAUGAGAGACACCCCUGACGGGACGUUCAUGGUCCGUGACGCCUCCAGCAAACUGGAGGGAGAGUACACACUGACCCUCAGGAAAGGCGGAAACAACAAGCUGAUCAAGGUCUGCCACCGGGAAGGUCGCUAUGGCUUCUCAGAGCCUCUCACCUUUAUCACGGUGGUGGAGCUCAUCAACCACUACCGCCAUGAGUCCCUGGCCCAGUACAACGCCAAGCUGGACACCCGGCUCCUCUACCCCGUCUCCAAAUUCCAGCAGGAGCAGCUGGUGAAGGAGGACAGCACUGAGGCGGUGGGCGAGCAGCUGAAGGUGUACCAUGAGCAGUACCAGGAGAAGAGCUGGGAGUACGACGUGCUCUACGAGGAGUACACACGUACCUCACAGGAGCUCCAGAUGAAGCGCACAGCCAUCGAGGCCUUCAACGAGACCAUCAAGAUCUUCGAAGAGCAGUGUGAGACUCAGGAACGCUACAGCAAAGAGACCAUCGAGAAGUUCCGACGUGAAGGCAACGACAAAGAGAUCCAGAAGAUCCAGAGCAACUCGGAGCGUCUGAAGUCUCGGGUGACAGAGAUCCACGACAGCAAGAGGAAGCUGGAGCAGGACCUGAAACAGCAGGCAACCGACAACAGAGAGAUUGACAAGAGGAUGAACAGCCUGAAACCAGACCUCAUGCAGCUAAGGAAGAUCAGGGACCAGUACCUGGUGUGGUUGACACAGAAGGGGACCAGGCAGAAGAAGAUUAAUGAAUGGCUGGGCAUAAAGAAUGAGGCAGAAGACUCCUACUGGCUGGUGGAGGAGGACGAAGGCUCGCCCCACCACGACGACGGCACCUGGUACAUGGGCGACAUCAAGCGCACCCAGGCAGAGGAGCUGCUGAGGGACAAGUGUGACGGCACCUUCCUCAUCCGAGAGAGCCAGACGCAGAAGGGCUCCUAUGCCUGCUCUGUAGUUGUGGACGGCGACACCAAACACUGCGUCAUCUACAAGACGGACAAAGGCUAUGGCUUCGCCGAGCCCUACAACCUUUACGGCUCCCUGAAGGACCUGGUGCUCCACUACAAGCACGAGUCCCUGGUCCAACACAACGACCAGCUGAAUGUAACCCUGGCCUACCCGGUCCUCACCCAGACCUAGCAGCAGCACCCCAGAUGAGGGGCAGCAUGGCAUGACGACCCCCAAUGGAGACCAGAGCUUCUAAAGCAUGGCAAAUCAAGCACACUAUGUACUACAGUACCAGCCACAGUAAACAUGAGACAAAAAACAUAGACGUGUUCGUAGACGAAAAACAACAUAAGCACACAGUUAUGAUAUAAGCUUUCAGACCAUAGUUAGAAGAGCAAGAGGAAAUGAGAGAGGAAAGGAGAGAGUCGGGAAGCUGGAGGGUAAAGAUACUGGAUGUAGAAUAGAUUUUUGGGGAAGGGAAGUUGAUGCCAGCUUUCAGAUGCAUGGUGCUGAAAAGGAGGGCUGGGGUGGAGGGUCAAACUGUUAGAUUCUAUAAAAAGCUUGCUUAAGUGCCAUAGAGAGCCUUGAUUGACCACAAGCCUGUGUUGGGAAAGAAGGGGACUGUGGGGUGGGUGGGUUGGUGCUGGGAGGGAGAGCAAACUACAGCUUUAGAAAUAUAUAUAUAUAUAUAUAGAUAGAUAGGUAUUGUUUUUUAAGUCCAAUUUCCAUGAAACUGCCGUUGGCUCUCCUCCAGUUUGUUGUAAGAUAUAAAUUCUUUAUGAAGAGAUGUGAUAUAUUUGGUGUAUUGUGAAUAUAUAGAUGAUAUUCACAAUAGAUCAAAUAUAUAGUGUAUUGAUGAAUACAGUUUCUAAAGGGAUUCAAGUUUCCCUUUUUCAUUUAAUCAUGGCUAGUGGAGAAAUCCCUCCAAGCUCAUUUCUACAUUUCUGUACUAGUCAGGAUUGGGGUCAAUUCCAUUUAUAUUCUAGAAUUGACCCCAACUCUGCUUCCAGUGCUUUCUUUUAUACUGUAGCCUGUAGCCAUGAUUGACUAUGGUAUUACUGUUAGUAUUCUUGGUGUUUUUAUUUCUACGUGAAUAUACUCACAGAGCAUCAAUCUAUUGGAUCUUAACUCUCGGUGCUGUAUGGCUUAGUCUCUAGGAAGCCUGUCUAGUACAAUGUUCUUCUCACAAGCGUUUGCUUUUGUCACAGCGUUACUACUACUCACAGUACUUCCUCUUUGAGCUUGACUGUUGUUUUAAUUUGACACAAGCUUGAUUCACAGAGCUGUAGAACAUUGUUGUACAUAAGAAAAACCCCAGAUUAAUGUUAUAUGACCCAUAUAUCUACAGACAGUAACAGGCAGUGUGACUGUCAGUCUAAAAGCUGUAUUUGCUGUACGUAACCAUGCAAACAGAAAGUAUUGAAUGCUUUCCUUUCCAACUGUGUCCCCCCUCAGGGGAAACUGCUGGAGGAUGCACAGUAUCCAGCUAAACUUGAGCCAAAUGAAGGAUGUCUUUCAUGUAGCAAAUAAAAUAUCUGAUCCGUUUUGAGCAUGACCACGGAGGUUCGAGAGAUUUUCUAUAAGUACAGAAUGCAUGUAAAUCCUUCUUUUGGAUAGUACCUAGACACUAGCCCUAGUACUCGUGCUGUUUUAAGUGUGUACGUCUCAUGUCGUAGACCAGUAUAAUGCACAAACAAUAGUAAGUGAAUAAGAAUACAUGGAGAUUUACAGACACACUCACUGUCGAGUGAAUCCCUCCACGGGUACUGAGCAGUACUUUUGUUGUGUGGCUUCAGGGACUUACUCUGCCAAUGCUUCUAUUCCUUUUCCAUAGCAUAGACUUUGUUUGUGUGAAUACACUUCAGCCAAAAUUUGAAGGUUGAUUCUUGACUUAAAGUGAAAAUCCACCCAAACUAUCUUUGGUAUAUUUUUUUCCAUUAGUCCACUUGAUACAGUCCCAAAACAUUUUAGGACUGUAUCAACAGAAAUUUUAUUGAAUGGUUUUCCCUUUUAAAGAAACAUCAUGUAAUGAAACUGAGGAUAUCGAGGAUUUAAGUUUGGUGACUUGAUUUAAGUGCUGCGUUUAGAUUCGUUGAGAACAUUUGUAGUAUGAUGGCCACUCCUUUUUGGGCAGUUCUAAACAUGAUCAUUUGCUCAAAGUGUGAUUUAUUCUUGCUCAAUUGCAAUUGAACAGUCAUUCAAGUGGAUUGGUUAAUUAGUUAUGGGAAAUUAGAUGGUACAAAUGUUGGUUGGAGACAAAAAUGAUGUUAAGGAUAAAUACAUUGGUACUGUUUAAUGGUGCUUUGCACAGUUCUUGGCCAGAAGACUAGACAAGAAUUCAACUCAGUGACAUUAGUUGGGUGUCUUGAGAGGGAUAUAAAAGAGUGUGAAUCACAAAGUUAAAAAGUGCCUUCUAAGUCUGCGUUACUUAGCUCUUGUCUUUAUGUCAGAAGAGCUUCUCUCCUGUAGACAGAGCCACAGUGUACUGUAGUCUUUGUUUAAAAAGCAUUUGCCAAUGUCAUAGCCUGACGACCCGCACUGAAUUCUUCCACUUCUCUGUUGUUCACUACAUACUUUAGUCCGAGACUACCAUCAUUGAAGUCAUUUGUGGUGAGGGGCAUUGUGCAAAAUAAAGUAAUCAGCGAUUAGAUUGUCUCUAUCCAAUUAGUGUCAAAGCCAAUGAGGAAUUUUCAAACCGCCGCUUUACCCAGGUGUUCUGGCUCUGGCCCAACCCAUCGGUUUCUGGACCAAUCAGGUGGCCCUGAAUAUAUUUGCAUUCGGUGACGGGUCGGGGAGGUAUUGCGUAAGAAACUAAUGUCCGGGGGUGUGGCAUAGCAUUUGGCUGGAGCAAGGAGUCUGAGUAGCCAGGCAACUAAUGUCAACCCCUGAAGAGAACUGACAAAUGAGCAUAGUUAUCGUCUUUCCUUUAGUGUGUGUGUGUGUGUGUUGCGAGUUAUGGAGGUUGUUUGCUUAGUUAUGCUUCUCUUUUGUUAUUUUAUUUUGUGACUGGGGCUAUUGCUUGGUGCUCUUCAGUGAGCGAGGCAGUUUCCUUUGGGGUUUGUUGUAUAUUGAAUCAAACCUAGAGUGGAUAGAAAUGUGAAUACACAGUCGUAGCCCAACACCACGUUUUGUAAGCCGAAUCUCAUUCGAUAAGCACUCAAUUGAAUGCAUGCAGUAUUUCUGUGUUUUCACAUCAAUACCCUGUGAAUUCAAAUCCAGUUUACCCAGCUACUGACGUAUUUAUUUACAGUCCGUCGGACCAUCAUUUUGUGAAUGUGCUCUUUCCUGUACCACACUCCUUAAUUGAGUGUGUCUAGGUCUACAAAGUAUGAAUUAAUCCUAAACCUUGUCAGUGAAGCUCAGUAAGCCAUGAUAGUGUUUUUUUAUUAAGCGUCUCAUGUCAGGGAUGUUUUAUCUGACUUUCUUUGUGAAUCAAAAAAAAACGUUGUUGUCCCCUUACACAAUACAGAGGGUGGAGGCAUGACAAACUUUGAAAUAGUAGCCUGUAUUCUGAACCUGUUUUGAAAUUGACAUUGAGGCAAGAGGGACUAAUGUCCAUUAUUGCUGUUUUUCAUUAUUCAAUUGUUUAACUGUAUAUACUAUAAAACUGUGUUCCAUGUCUGGUUUUGAUUGUGUCAGGCCUACCCAUUUCCCAUUUGAAAAUGGGUGACCCGUUUCAAACCAAAUGAAAGGGAAGCUAGCUAAUAUGCAAUCGGUAUAAUUGGUCGGUCCUCAGCUCUUUAAUGCUACAUGAAUGUCAUGGAGUCACAUUAACGUCACGUGCAUUAACAUUAAUGUUAACAUUUGUGCAGUGAUCGUGUUUCAGUGGUCGUGCCCAAUGAGAUUGGUUUGCGGAAGAGGGAUGAGGGUGAGUUGACCAUUGUUGUGCAUUGACUUGGAGCAGAAGUUGCUUUGAAUUGUCCUUUACCCUGUUAUCGUGAAACAGCAUGUGUCCAAGCACCCUCCAAAAUGAUCAGAUGAAUGACCCAUUAUUGCUUAUCUCUGGUACAAAAUACUUGUAAUAAGGUAUCAUACUUCUACCAUAUCAUUUACUGAAUACAAGUAAUGAACAUUUAUUACGUUUGAUGAAUAUUUAGGUUUGAAUCAUAUUUGGAAGAAAUAUAUUGAAAUAUAUCUUGACAUAUUGUUUUUGGGUUAUAUAUUCUGAUUUAAUUAUGCUGGAAACGGAUCAGAAACAGAAGCUAAUUUAAUCAGAGCUUAGAUGGUAACACGUCUAUUGACGUGCCACAGCAGCAUUUCAUCAGUGGGCCAAGUGAUAUCUAGUUUCCAGAAACUGAGCUUUAUCAUAAUCAACAGCAAGCUUUCCUUCUUUUUUGAUUGUGGGUUCUAUUGAUUUGAAUUGACCCACAAUAAUUAUAAUGAAGAGGAGGCAGGCUCAUCUAUGUUUAAAAUGCAGCUCUCAAUCUAGUUGUCCAUGAUGAUAUCAUACUGAUUGGUCAACCUUGGCCCCAUUUAACCAACUCACACAUAUGUGUUUGUAUCAAGUCUGAGUCGAGAUUAUCAGUAGCCUUGACACCAGUGUCUUUCAGCAAAGCUCCAUUGUUACUAUCCUACCAAGGGUGGUUACAACAGAGCUGACCAACACUGGGACUAGCUACUAUCUAGACUACAGCCUGUAUAUUUUUAAGAUGAUAAGAUUGUUUUUCUGAGCAGAAAAUAGUUUCCUAUACAGAUCUGCUUUGUCCAUAGAAUGGGGAAAGCACCUUUUUUUAUUUUCAUUUAUUUCAGAUCAUGGUGGCAAUUAUUUUUAUUUUGACAUGAACAUGUAUUCUCAGUUUGAGAUUCUGGUUGUGUUUUUUAUUUAGCCAAAGGAGGCCGUUUGAAAGUUUCACCAGUGGAGUGUUUGAUGGUAUGAAAAUAAUGUAUAAUUCGAAGAGCGGGGCAUUUAUUAAUCAUUGGAUAAAGUCCCCCCAAAUGCACUAGAAAACACAUACUUUAUACCAUCCAAACAUGUUGCCAACAACAAUAGUUAAGGUACAAAUGUAGAUGGAUCAGAAACACUCCUUCGGAGAAUAACAGACCUUUGUACAUGGAACAAUGAUGGCAUUAGAAAGUGUUCCUUUAAGGUGCCUGAGUAGAGGUUUGUUUUUAAUUAGGCUUUUAAGCUAAUUGAUUUGUCUGUCCAAGUGUUUGUUUUGGUUUGUUUUGUUUGUUUUUGUUUGUUAAUGAUAACCGUACAGAAUCUAUCAAAUAAGCUAGCUUGAAUAUUUUCCUCCAUACAGAAAAGUACAAAUGUUUACGAUAUCUAAUUAACCAAAUAGCAAGUAUGUGUUUGAGAAUCAAUCAGUCUGUCACUAAAAAUGACUGAUCGAUUGAUUUGAUUUAUUUCUUUCCUCUGUCAUUUUAAACUUGAAGAUGUUAUGACUGCUUAUUCUUUUGUUUAGAUGUUGUUUUUUACUUGUCAAACAGUGCUCCCUCAAUAUGACAAAAGAAGAAUUGUUACCAUCGUCUGCUUAGAACAAAAUCCACAUAUUUUUCUUUCUUUUUUAAAGGCACCCAGGGCAGAAUGGUCCCUGGGUGGCUUAGAAUCAUUAAGGAGAUGCUGAACGGGCCGGUAUGCAUGUGUUUUUCUGUUUCUCAUGACAAAAAGUAGAUUUCAGUCUUGGAGGUGUGUUUCCUGACCGAUUCCUCAUUUGGUUAAUAAUGUUUGUCCCCCAUUAGACACUGGAAGCCUAUUUCCCCUCCUCAAAAUCCCAGAAUGAAUCUAGGGUAAGAAGAAAUCUGUCAUUCAUUUAGACUUUUUGGCCGAGGAUGUUUUAGUUGCAAAAUUAGAAAUCUGACUAAGGUGUUUGGUGCAGUAUUUGUCAAGUUUUUAAAAAUCAGAGAUUUUACGUUAACAAAGUCUGAGCUGCUGAGCACGUCUGCCUUACGUCUAUGCUAUUGGAUAGAGAGAAAUCACCGCAGCUAUUCAUCCCAUGUUAAAUGGACAUCGUCGAAUCAAAACCCAACAUUAAUUUAUCUGUUGUGACACACAGAUGUUCCAAACUCCGUUUUAGACCAGACUGACCCUAUGACAAAAAUUAUCCUAUUUACACUUUGUUGUAAAUUUUGACAUUAGAAUAAAUGUUUCUGACACAUAUCGAUGACACAAAUCCUAACUUUAGACAAUCUUAAUUUAGCGUUUUUGCACAUCGUGCAUUGAUAUCAAUGGGAGAUUUAAAUAAUAAUAAUAAUAAUAAUAAUACAUUCAUUUUUUGGAGUUAGUCGCAAAUCUCAAGUUAGGUUUUGGCUGUAGAUUACACCAUAGAUGAUUUGGGAGGCUUUAGUAUUCAGACUGCUUUUCAAGAGUGAGAGAGAGGUUUAGCCAACUAGUACAUUUUAAUUUGGAAAUUGGAAAUGAGAAGAGGCAUGGGUUUCGAUUUUGCACUAAGAGGUCAUCCUCGUCUCACUAAGAUGGAGAAAUGCAGGACAUUCGUUGACUUGCUCUCUGUCAUUCAAAACAGACUCAAUUAAAAAUUAUGCUUUCGUUUACUUCUGUUAUCUAAUCUCUGCAAACCUUCAAUGUAGAUUUCAUCCUAGGUGGUGUUUGUGAUCAUGUGACAGUUGUAGAAUGCACGUCCGGUACAGUACAUUUUGACAAGCCUUUAUUUGCUUUGGAGAAAUCAAAGUACAGUGUGAUAAUAUGAUUCUUAUUGUAGCAAGAUUUGGCGUCAUGUUUUCCCCUUUUUUCAAAAUGGUAAAAUGGACAUGAACCAGACUGUCUGAUAAAGCUACUCUACACCAAAGUGCAAUUGAACUCAGAGGGAGCACUGUUGGUGAACCAGUGGGAGUCUUCUCUCCUGGUUGUGGUGUGCACAAUCUAUAUGUAUGGAAGAUUAUUCUUCUUCUCAUCUUUUUCCAGUUUGUCUUAGAUAAUUUAGAUGCAACAUUUUUUAUUUUGUUUUCUGUGUACAGCUUGCUUCGGAGUUGUCUCAAACAGGUACUCUUACUUCUGUACGGUUCUUUCCUUAGGAUGAUGCAAUGAUUUAAAAUAAUAAUAAUAAAAUAUGUAAGGAAAAGAAA